AAAUGCCGUUGACUAAUACAACAGUGUUUGAUGCAAGAAAAUCAAAAAUAUACUUUUAUAUACUGUUGAAUACCAUGUAAUUAUUUUAAGAUUUAGUCUAUGGCUUGUUACUCCAAAGGUUUUCAAGCAUAUGAGGGUAUUAUUUUGGAAAUACUGACCGGAUAUUGCAGCUUUAUUAUUGCUGGUCACUCAAACAACUCUUCUCUUAGACACAAAAUCAGUUUGUUCGUAAAUUAAACGAAGUUGUGUAAUAAAUGGGAAGAUAUAAAUGUGCCUACAACUGCGAAAACUCCAGCGAGUCAGAUGUGAAGUAUUUUAAGUUUCCCUUGUACAAUCCCAAAAAACUCAAGAAAUGGCUUAUCAACAUGAAGUGGAAGGACUGGACUCCAUCUCGCUUCUCUGCGCUGUGCAUCAAUCAUUUCGAAGAACAAUGCAUUGAUAGAACAGGCAAAUGUGUGAAACUUCGAGAAGAUGCAGUUCCCACCAUAUUUUCAUCCCCUGGCGAUGUACAGAAAAUAAUGCCUUCCAGCAACCCAAGAAAUAAAAGAUACAAGCCACCUGAUGUUAAAGCCUCAAAGGUGAUUCCAGCCCAGUCUCAAACAACCACUCCUGCCACAGCAAAGAGAAGAGUCCAGAACAAAGAACCCAGCCAGACAGAAGAAGAGCAUGCUGGAGACAAAGACCCAAAGAAGUCAAAUGACAAAUGGAGGAUUAUAGUAGAUGAAGGGCUCAUGAAGAUAGAUUCCUUUCCACAUUUUUUCCAUGGAGAUUACUGUGUACCACGGGAUAUUCUGUGGGCUCCAGAUGAUAACUUGAGUACAGACUGUGAAGAUCACGAAAAGGUGAUAGAGGUGAAAGAGCCGUGGCAGUGGCUUGGCCUGGAUGUCAGAGGACCGCUGCCUCAAACACUGAACGGACACAAAUACAUCUUGACUGUGACCGACUACUACUCCAAGUGGGUGGAAGCUGUGCCUAUGCAGUCGUGUCUCCCUCCAGAUGUGGCGAAGCACAUCGUGGACAUCAUCGCCCACUUUGGAUACCCAUUAAGAAUCCUCUCCAGACUGCCUCAUGACAUAGUCCACAAAAUCAACAGAGAACUGAAAGAUCAGCUGAAGGUCACCGUCACUCUUGUUGUCUAUCAUCAGCAGACGGGCACCUUGGAUUUGAUCACACAGCAGCUGAUUGACAGGAUGGUAAGUGAUGUAAUAGAGGAGCAUGCAGCUGACUGGGAUGUCUACUUGCCUGCCAAGGUUUUCAGUCUGUGUUUCAGAGAGCACUCAAAGACUAAGAAAAGGCCCUUUUCAGUGCUGUGCUGUAAGGGACUAGAGCCCAUCCAGUCCCCCAGAGAACUGAAUUAUGCUUAUUCCAAGAUCCGAGAGUGUGCAUUCGUGGUUAAAUAGAUAUUUGAAGUGUAUUUGGUGUUUUCCAGAAAGAGAAAGACUGCGAAUUUGAAAACAAUGGUCACGUGACACUUGGUAUUUUAAUUUUUCAGGUCAAUUGAUGUGGAAGUGAACUGGGCUUGGUUUUAUUAACAAACCAGUAUUUUUCGGUCAUGGGAAGUAUGGAAGGAUGUCAUGGAAAAGUGCUGGAAUUUGGCUCAAUGACGUUUUCAUCCUGUUCAAGUAUAUUUUGGCUUUGACCCAUUGUUUGUCCAACAGCUAAGUGGAAGGCCAUGUUUAGUCUUGUAUCAUAUUUUUGGAGGUAAUAUUUUAUUUCAGAUGUAUAACAGGGAAUUGCCUUAUAAAUGCUUUAAAAAAUGUAGCAGAAUGACCAAGCGAGUCAUGACCAACUAAAUACAAGUCUUUUACGGUCCAAGUCAUGGCCAAAAGUUUAGAAAGGUGAUGUUAAUUUAGGCUUGAGCCAUAUGAGUCUCAGAGAUAACACAUUUUGUAAGUUGGCCUCCUGUUUACAAUGCCAUAAGUGGUAUUUCUUGACUGUAAGUCAGCUGUAGUCCAAACAUUUCAGUUGGCAAAUUUAAGGCUGCUGUGCCUGAUUGUUGUUUAAUGUGUAUAUAAAAUGUAAAACCUUUAAAUAAACUUGCUUUAAACUAGAA